AUGGCUUCGGAAAAUCAAGAUGUUGUGGAGGAAUUGGAAGAUAAGAAUUUGUGGAGAGAUUUGACGGCAUUUUGGAUCUUGGGUUUGUGCAAUAAUUAUGGUUACAAUGUAAUGCUAAGUGCGGCCCAUGAUAUUAUAGGACAAUUUCAUGAAGAGCACAUUUCCCUUCAUUCGGUGAAUUCCACUGAAGCCAUAGGUUUACGAGAUUGCCAGUAUAUCUCAACGGGAGCCAUAUUACUGGCGGAUAUUUUGCCAACUUUGUUUUUCAAGAUUAUUUUACCCUUUCUGCCCUAUUGGAUGAAUUUUUAUAUAAUUAUGGCGGUGAUGUGUUCUGCUGCCGGCUUUCUAUUUGUGGGUUUUGCUAAAACCGAAUGGCUGGCCAUUUUGGGCAUUGCAGUAACCUCGGCUAGCGGAGGCAUAGGGGAGGCAAAAUUCAUGUCUUAUUCUUCCCAAUUCAAUAAAAAUGUUGUUUCCACUUGGUCUUCCGGUACCGGGGCAGCUGGAGUUAUUGGUUCUUUAUCCUAUGCCUCCUUAAGAUCUUUCCAUAUCAGCAAUCGUGAUACCAUGCUGAUCAUGUUAAUCUUUCCUUUAUUGGAGGCUGUAGCAUUUUGGUUACUUUUACGAACACCCAAAAAUAAACUAAGAAUUGUCUAUUCCAAAGAGUUAGUUUUACACCGUUUAGAGGAAUUUAGUGAAAAAAUGCAAUAUGUCAAGGAGUUGCUGAAAUAUAUGGUGCCUUUGGUUUUAGUGUACUUUUUUGAAUACUUUAUUAAUCAAGGAUUGUAUGAAUUGGUGUAUUUCGAGAAAUCUUUUUUGGACCGACCCUCCCAAUAUCGUUGGCUCAAUGUGGACUAUCAGCUGGGCGUGUUUAUUGCCCGAUCCUCUGUCAAUAUAGUGCACUUUAAGAAAACCUGGUUAAUGGCUGUUUUGCAAUUUAUCAAUGUUGUUUACUUUUUGCUGGAAGCCAUCUUUCCCUUUACUCCCACUAUAUGGAUAUCGUUUGCAGUUGUCUUGUGGGAGGGUUUAUUGGGUGGCGGGGCUUAUGUGAAUACUUUCUAUAGAAUGUCUCAGGAAAUACCAAUGCAGAGAAGGAAAUUUGCCUUGGCCAUUGUUAUACAAUCGGAUUCUAUUGGAAUAACAUCGGCUGCUCUGUUGGCCAUACCCGUGCAUAAUUUUAUAUGUGAUUUGAAGGUGAUGGGGAGAUUGAUGGAGUGGUAGUUUUGUUUUGGAC